GAACUCCUUCCUGCGCCCGCGACACUCACCUCUAAGCACUUCCGGCAACAAAGACGCGCCUGGAUGACGUCAGAGAAGCGCGCCCGGAUGUUCCCAUAGCAACAGACGCACCACACUGAGAGGGACUGGGAGUUCUGGAACGUCAUGUCUUCCAUAGCAACAUCCGCUGCUUCCAAGAGGAAAGGGAAGAGCAGCAAAGCAGAGAGGCUGCGACUGCAGAAAGAGGAGGAGGAGAAGCGACUGCUGGAGGAAGAGGAAGCGCGACUAAUAGCGGAGCAAGUGUUGGCGGCACAUCAUGAGAAGGAGCGAUUGGAGCGAGAGGAGAGGGAGCAGCUGGAGGCAAAGCAACUGGAAACCAGGGCGGAGGAGCUGGAAGAACGUCACUCGCUCAUAGAUGAGAAACUGGAAGCUGCAGAGAAAUGGAAGGCUGAGCUACGCCUCCAAGCAAAGUGGGACCGGUACAUGCUGUGCGACGGGAGCCCCGACCCCACCGUACCCCAGGAAAUAAACACCUUCAUGAGCCUCUGGGAGGACGAGAAAAAUGAAGACCUUCCGUCCACCCUAAAUAAUAGCUGCCUGGUGCUGAGUCUGAUUGAGGAGCUGGAGUGUCUCCUGCGUGACACCCCAGUGGAAGAACUGGAAGAGAAAGACUCGGCCAGGUACAAAGAGACAGUCCUGCAGCUCCAGCAGCUUCUGCCAAGGAAAUUCAAUGAAGCAACCGAGCAUCUCCUGAAGAAUGCCUCAAUGCUGUCAGACAUAGAGACUGGUAACAUGCAGAAGGUGAUUAAGGAUGAAAACAUCACAUUGUGCAUCUGGGCCAAUCUCAACAAGAACCCAAGAUUCAAAGGUUAUGAGUUUGUGGAAGAAUCCAUCGGAUUCGAGUUGCCCAGACCCCUAGCCCCGAGCAGCAUUGCCGUCCGGAUCAUCCACACCUUGUACGACCACCUCUCCUGCCUGAGCACCACCAGCCUCCCCAAAAUGAAAGAAAGUGAAGGUUUGGGGGUAACAGAUGUGUUCGCUCAAGAAGGGGCAGCGCAAGAGGCAAAUCCUGAGGGGGAAGAGGAGAGAAUCGGAGCAGAAAGUGUUCUUGCAGCGGAUGAAGAGACGGUGUUGGAGGAGAGAAAGAGUACAAGUCCCACAUCCGCCAGGGAAGAAUCUAAAAGUGUUAUGGACUCUCUGGAAAAGGCCGAAGAGCUGGAUAAAACGGGGGGCAGCCAGUUAGGGUUCUCUCCUGAAGGCCCCUCCCCCACGCCAACGCUACUGGAUGAACAAGAAGACGCCCUGGAGGAUGACAUUGUGGAUUUGCGCCAGUUCACAAAUCUGGGAGGAGUUUAUUAUUUUGACGUCCUGACCCUGCCCCCUCAGUGUAAACAAGUUAACGGAUGGACCAUGGUGCAGGUGUUGGAGGGGGGGCUGCAGACUUAUCCCUAUCCCCCCGAGUCAUUUCUCAGCACCAGUUUGGGGGUGUCCCUGCAGGAGAAGGACCUGGAUAAUCUCAGCGCUCCCCCUGUUGGAAUCCACUUUAAGGUCCCGGCACACGUGAUGUUUUUUGAAGAACCUCAGGUUGCAAGAUGGGACCCCAAAAGUAAAAACUGGAGCACAGACGUUAUCCUGCAGAAAAAGUACGACCCAGAAAGCAGAGAAUUAUCGUUUAAAAUGGACGCGUUUCACACGUUUGCCUUGUUUCAGGAUGCGCAUCUGAACAUGCCCUAUCAGUACUGGGAACUGAACCCCAGCGGCCCCAGUCAAGUCACCCUGAUGAUUAUUUCAGCCUUCUCCGAGCUCCAGAUAGAAAUUAAGGAUGAUCAGUGCAGAUUGGCCUCCGUGUCUGGGGCAGACUGUGACCUGUCGUGUCUCAUUGGGAAAUGGAUGCCCCUGCUCCCCCUAAAGUGCGCCAUGAAAAGCGCCGGCCUGAACAUCUUUCCCGCCGAAGACUCCGAGAAAUACGUCAGCAUUAACAAAAAGAAUGAACAUGCGGAGACAACAGCCUACAAGGAAAUAGCCCUCCUCUCACAAUCAUUUGCCUUUGGCUGGAGCAAGUGGAACCAUAACUGCGGCUUUGAAAAUAUCAUUGUUAAGGUUCAAGAACAGAAGCAGAACCCGGAUCCGUGGGCCCUGUACAUGCUGAGCACUCAGAGAGCCCAAAGGCUGAAGAUCUCGGAGUCCAGUGCGGAAUUUUCCGACGAUCUCUACGAGAAAAGCGAGUUCCACUCCACGCUGUAUCACAUGAUCAAGGAGUAUUCCAGCACAGAGGCGAUUGGCCGGCUCAGGGACUCCACCCCUCUGUUUGUGGAUUGCGUGUAUCAGCUCCUGAGCAUGACCAGCCUCCUCGCAUUCUCAUAGGGAGCCCACCUGAAACACUCAUUGGAAGCAACGCGUUUCACUCCCCACCUGGAACACUCUCAUAGGGACCAACCCCAGUUUCACCCUCUACCUGGAACAUUCUCAUAGAGACCAACUCGUUUCACCCCUUACCUGGAACAUUCUCAUAAGGACCAACGCGUUUCACCACCCACCUGAAACACUCAGAGACCAACGCGUUUCACUCCCCACCUGGAACAUUCUCAUAGGAACCAACCCCAGUUUCACCCUCUACCUGGAACAUUCUCAUAGAGACCAACUUCGUUUCACCCCUUACCUGGAACAUUCUCAUAAGGACCAACGCGUUUCACCACCCACCUGAAACACUCAGAGACCAACGCGUUUCACUCCCCACCUGGAACAUUCUCAUAGGAACCAACCCCAGUUUCACCCUCUACCUGGAACAUUCUCAUAGAGACCAACUUCGUUUCACCCCUUACCUGGAACAUUCUCAUAAGGACCAACGCGUUUCACUCCCCUCCUGGAACAUUCUCAUAGAGACCAACUCAUUUCACCCCCCACCUGAAACAUUCUCAUAGGGACCAACCCCAGUUUCAUCCCCUCCUGGAACACUCAUAGGGAGCAACGCGUUUCACGACACACGGAACUUUAUUGAACAAUAAAUACGGUGACAGGGAGUCACAUUCACA